AUGGCACCACCAAGUUUUGAUUUUGCAAGUCUGUUUUGUCAAGAAGAUAGUAGCAUUUUUGAUGAAAAUGAUUUUGGAGGUCCAAAUUCAUUUGAGAUGUUUGAUGAAUCUUGGAAAGAUGAAUGUGAUCCAUACCUCAAUCAAAUUACACAAUUUGAUGACUCAACUCAGCAAUUCAAUGAACCAAUUUUUGCGUUGGUUCCACCACCAUUGCUGAGUGAUGAGAGUUUGAAGGACUUGGUUGCAAAUGAAUGCCAUCAUUUGCCUGCUAGUGAUUAUGUCAAUAGGCUGAAAUAUGGGGAUUUGGAUUUGCAGGACAGAAUGGAGGCCGUUGAUUGGAUUGAAAAGGUUGGAGUGCAUUUUGGCUUUGGACCUCUCUGUUUGUACCUAGCUGUAAGCUUCAUGGAUCGCUUCCUUUCUGUAGUUGAAAUUCUGAAGGAAAGAACUUGGUCAAUUCAACUCUUGGCUGUGGGUUGCUUGUAUCUGGCAGCUAAAAUCGACGAAACUGUAGUUCCUCCAACGGUUGAUAUGCAGAUGGAAGAAAAGAAGUAUUUAUUUGAUAACAAAACAAUGCUGAAGAUGGAGCUUAUGGUGCUAAGCACGUUGAAGUGGAGAAUGCAAGGAAUUACACCUUUCUCUUACAUUGACUAUUUCCUUAACAAGGUUAAUGGUGAUCAAGGUCCAAUAGGAGAUUCAGUGUUGCAAUCUUUCCAACUCAUACAGAGUACUGCAAGAGGAAUUGACUUCAUUCAAUUCAGACCAUCUGAAAUUGCAGCGGCUGUUGCAGUGACAUUAUCUGUGAAGGGUGAAAACCAAACUGAGAGAGCAGUUUCUCUUCUGAUUGAAUACGUAGAAAAGGAGAAAGUAAUGAAGUGUAUUGAAAUGAUUCAACAGCUAUCAUCUAGUAGUACUGAUUCUGCAAAAGAUACAACAAAUGUUGCAAAUGCUUCUUCUGAAUAUUUCUCUCAUGUGUCUCAAAAUCCAAUAGAUGUGUUGGAAGAUAUGUGCCUCAACUACAAAAGUGAUGAUGACAACAACAAAAAUGCUACUACUUCAACACAAGCAAAUUCUGCACACAAUAGUCCUCAAGCUAAACGCCAGAAACCUAACAUAUAA